CGUUGGCAUCGCUUUGUGACCAACUUCACGCCUUCUUUUGGCACGUGCGGUCGCCGUAUUUACCAUUAUUUUAGGUUACUUUUAGUGAUUGAAUUGACGAGCGAGGAUGGAUGUGGUAGCCGAAAUUUUGGAGAGAACCGCCAAAGAUGCGGAGAAAUUUAAACCCAUCCACGUUAAGAAGCACCUGGAAUUGGAAUACGACGUGGGCUCUCUCCUCGCCGUUGACAUCAACGAUUUAGACGCAAAACUAAUCAAUAAAGAGAAGAAUGAUUACAUCAAGAAUCUGACGAGGGACAACAUUCAGCUUCUCAUAAACCAGAUAUGGCAGUUACCGACGGAACGCGUGGACGAUGCUGUCGUGGUGAAACUGCCCAAUGCAAAGACACUGCUGCCCAGAUCGUUGCCAGUGCCGAAGGAAAAGACUUUGACCAAAUGGGAGAGCUUCGCCAAGGAGAAGGGCAUCAGAAAGUCGAACAAAGCUAAGGUGCAUUGGGAUGAGGAGCUCAAGGAAUGGAUUCCAGAGUACGGUUACAAGAGGGCGGCAGCUGAAAGGGAGAAGGAUUGGGUGAUCGAGGUUCCCGGAAACGCUGAUCCGUACGAGGAUCAGUUUGCAAAGAAGAAGCAGGCUAAAGUUGAGAGAGUCGCUAAGAACGAGUUCCAGAGGUUGAGGAAUAUCGCCAAGGCCAAGAACAUCAAAAUCCCCAAGAUGGGUGUUGUCAAUCCGGACAUGGCCAAUUCGAAAGACCUGGUGACUGCCAUCACAGUUGCCAAAUCAUCGACGGCGAGUGUUGGAAAAUUCCAGUCUUCACUGCCGAAGGAGAAGGAGGCUCGCGGUGUUGCCGACAUAACACCUGGUGCGAAGAGGAAGAGAAAGAUGCCGGUCGUUCCGUCGAUGCAGGAGAGGAGCGAGAAUCUGGCGAUAAUCGAUUCGGUGCUCAACAAGAAGCCGAAACUCGAUGUGACCAAGGCCCUCUCGAAACAUUUGUACAAAGAGCAAGAGAUGUUACACGAGGAACCUUCAUCAAAGAAACCGAGGGCUGGCAAACGCGGCAAGAAGAAGGGCGGUAACCCGGUGGCCGCACCGAAGGGUGGAAAGAAGCCGAAGAGCGGCAAGGGCGUUCACAAGGCGUCCGGCAACGUGGGCAGGAAGCGACGUUAAGGUGGGCCUAUCUCUAGAAUUAACGUAAUUUAUCGUCGAAAAAGAGACUUGGCGUGUACAUAAAUUUUUAAGAUUACUAUUAUUAGAUGUAAGACGUAUAAGAUGGCAAACCAACAUACCUUCUCGCUGAUUUGCGGAUAUCCGUGAUGGUGAUGCGGGGCG